UUCUCUGCCAUUUGCAAGAAAAAAAUUGUAGAACGUCCCCAACCAAAAAAUCAAACAAAAGAUUAAACAAUGACUAUUCAUCUUUGUCAGUCUCCUAAAAAACUUACCUGGAAGCAGAUCAAGCAGUCCAUUCUUGGUCGCCAUAGGCUUGUAGACAAGUACAACUGCGGGGGAUGUUCACGUACAUUUGAAACACUAUGCUGUUUACAUUUUCAUUGUAUGAAACACUGUGAAGGCGGGUCAUAUGUUUUUGAUCAUGUGACCAGUACUGCAUUUCCAAAAUUUGAUACGAGGUGUAGCGCCACUCAGUUCGAUGCUGAAGAUUCUAGCAAUGUAAUGCUGAAUCUGAAGGUUCUGACUGGACAUGCACGCUCUAUAAAUUCAGCCAGACAGAUUACAACUUCUCAUCGACUCAAGACAAAUGAUCCCGACAUUGAAGAAUUGGCUAAUUCUGAUACAGAAACUUCAGACGAUAAUGAUAGGGUUAGUUUCAAAGCCAAGACAAGACAUCAGAAAGAAAAGGCCAGCAAGGAGGAUGUUGAUGAUGGGACAAAGGAAAAGAAAAAUGUAGCUGAAGACAGAAAGGAAAGAGAAGGCUUUGCUUUUGUGAAAGUGAGAAAUAUAGAAAAAAGAGAAGAUGGUUCCAUUACAUUUGAAAUGAAUGAAGAUGAUGCUGAUUUAUUCCAAGUUACUGCCAAUACUAUUAUAGACCAACUGAAGAGGAAUGGGGGAGAUAUACUUGAAACAGAUCAGGAAUUUGAGGUCCUGGUACCGGAUGACUCACUUCGUCUUCGAGACACUAUAGCAGGAGAAGCUGUCACACAUUUUGAUAAACCAUCUACAUCUGAUUUAGACCGUGUUCAAGAACCUUGUAGUGCUGUUAUAUGUAAAGAUAAACAGACAAACAGUGACAUAAACACUGUCAGAGAUUCUACUGUAACACCAAAAGAGAGAGUAAAUUCUUCUUUUGCUGUUAACCCUCUUAAAAAAGAGAACAAUUUUGAUAAUGGCAGCAGUGAGAGUGACUGUGAAGAGGACACUGAUCAAAGUAAAGAAUCAGGUGAUUCCGGUGUUACAAAAGCUUGUAAAACAGAUUCAAAUGAGCAUACCGGUAAUGUGAACGAUGCGAAGAAAAGACUUGGAAUGAAGAAGAAAGUUAUAGACACAAUUGAUGAUACAUGUGCAUUAGAUAAGAUAAGUUUGGAACAAACCAAAAUGAAAACAUUGGAAACAGAUCUAAAAGUUGCUAAUGAUAUGCAGAAUGAUAUUUUUGUUCAUACCAGAUCAGUCAGAAAAAGGAAGUUAACUACAAAGAUGAAAGAAAGUGAAUUACCAGACAUAAUGAAGGUUACAAAAAGGCAACCAGAACAGAAACAAAAUGUUACUGAUUUGUUAACAUCAAAAGAGACUAAAAGAACACCUAAUUCUGGUGAAACUGAUUUUAUUGCUGGUGAAACUUUACUGUCAUUAAGAGAGAUUGGAGAUUUGAAACAAAUAAAAAGUUCUAGAUGUGAGUCUGUUGAAUCUUCUGUUACAGGAAAGGAAGUCACAAAAGCUAUUAAACAAGAGAAACAUCCAAUGUAUUAUGCAGCUAAGGUCAGUAAUAUUGAUGAAAAUAAGGAUGAAGGUGUUAAUUUUGAGAAAAAGGGAGACAUGGAUAUAGCUGAUAUUGUGGUAAAUGAACUUGAUCAGUCAGAGAAAUGUGUUGAAAAUUGUCAGACUGCUCUGAUGGAGGAAGAUGAUGAGUCUUUAGAACAAGUAGAGAAUGGUGAUGAUAAGAAAAUUAUAGGUACCGAAAAUAAAUCUUUUGAUUCUGAUGAAAAAGCUGACAAGAAGGAAGCAGAUGUAUUGGACAAACCACAGAAUCAGUAUUUUCCAAAGAAACAAAGGCAGAAAAGAGCAAAAGUAGGAAAGUCAUGUAAACGUACUGACUUUGAAUGUGAGGUUUGUGGUAAAGUUGGGACUCUAAAUAUGGUACGAUACCAUGAACAGAUGCAUUCUGAUAAGAUGCCGUACAAAUGUGAAGAAUGUGGAAAGUGUUUCAAGACUGCAGCAUGUAGAAGGAGUCAUGCACUGCAGCAUGGUGAGAAAAAGUGGAAAUGUGAGCUGUGUCCUGCAGCCUUUUAUAGGAAACAGUAUUUGGAGGUACACAUGACAAAUCAUACUGGAGAAUACCCAUAUGUGUGUGAGUUAUGUGGACAAAAGUUCAAAAUGACUUAUAUUCUACGUCGCCAUGUUAACAGUGUUCACAAAAACAUAAGAAAUUACAAAUGCGACAUAUGUGAUAAGGAAUUCUUUCGUGUUGCAACAAGAAAUCAGCACCGUAACCGUCAUUUUGAUCCAUUCCUUCAGUGCUCAUAUUGCCCAAAGAAGUUCAAAGGUGACCUUGACCUUAGGAAGCACGAGUUAACUCAUACUGGAGAAAAAAUAUAUUUCUGUCCUCGAUGCAAUCAGGGAUUUACUCAGAUAUGGCCGUACUAUAAACAUAUGUGGAAAAUCCACAAUAUAGAAAAAGAAGAAGCCAAGAAGAUAAAAAUAAAAAAUCCAGAUAUUGUAAACAUGCGGAAUAUAAAUAAAGAUGCUGCAAAGAAAGAGCCUUCUUAUGAACAUGAAUUUAUUGGAAAACCGGGAUGUACUUUUGAUAUGAGAAAAAGUUUUAGUCAAAACGUAAAGAGGUUGAAAAUGAUGGAACGUGAUAGUCAGAGUCAGGGUCACGGUGAGAGUUACGAAUAUGCUAAAGGAAUUUGUGAUAGUAAUAUACAAAAUGAAGCUAACAGAAUUUAUGCAGAGACAAGUUCAGAUGUCACAGAUACUAUUGUUCUAGACAUUGGAGAGGAUUUAGAUACAAGCGAAACAAUAGUUAUACAGACGGAGGAUGUACCAAUCGUGGAUAAUCAACAAACUGGUUAUAUUGUUGUAGACAAUGGUCAUGCAGGGGGAAAUAUAGUCAUUUAUUCAGAUCUGCCACAAAAUGAAAUUGAAGAUGUUAGGGAAUAUACUGCAAUGGACAUAUGAGAGAGUGAGGUUAUUAAAGAGAAAUGUUACCAAUGACCUAUUUAACUACCAUAGUGAUCUGUUUUCUUGGUUUGAGAGAUUGUUUGAUGUGUUUUAACUUUUAACUGUCAUUACCUCAGUCCUUUAGUGUUAUGUGGCAGCCAUACUUGGGGUACAUUCAUUGUCAUUUUGUAAUAGACUUCAGCUUAAGCCAUUGGCAUGAGGGACGUUGCAUAUUUUAUAACUUCUCAUGAACAUAAAUUAAUAUUAAUUCAAAUUUGCUGAUGUUGCUUUGCUUUCAAACAGUCUACAGACAGAUUUGAUUAUAGUCUGUAGAAAUCCGAUUCAAAAUGUAUACCUCUGAUUUGGAUUUGGGUGAUUUGCUCUUGAACAAUUCAUUUUGAAAUUCUGAUAUAUUUCUUAACAUUUUUUAUCUUAGUUUUCAUGUUGAGCAGAUUGUGUUAGUUCCUUCAUGUUCAAGUAACACUUUACCCUUUUCUGCAGUAUCGCUGUCUUAGAUGGUCUUGAAGGUAGGACAAAAUCCCCUCUGGACAAAAUCCCCCUCUCUCAGAUUGACCAACGCAGACAAAAUCCCUUCCCUUUGUUGAAUAAAAACGAAGAUGAACAGAAAUGAAACAAAAAGCAAUUUUUAAGAUUAUAACUGGGAAAUAGAUUAUAGUUUUGCGUGUUUUGUUGGCAAAUAAAACCUUUUUUUUUUUCAGAUGCGUCGUAAUUAAUCACUCCGACUGAUUUAGUUUUGCAUGCUUUGUUGGCAGAUAAAACACAGUUUUGAGUUCAGAUGAGUAGUAAUCUAAUCACAAAGGCCGAAGGCCUGAGUGGUUAAUUAAGGCGCAUCUGAAUGAAAAAACAUGCUUUAUUUGCCAACAAAGCAUGCAAAACUAAAAUCUAUUUCCAUUCUAACAGGUUCAAAUUACACUGGGAAGGGAUACUAAUCUGGAAUAAAAUGCGCUUUUAAAGAUGAGGGAGUAAACGGGAAUAGCCAUAAGUAGGUCAUUUUGCGAAACAUGUUCUAAUUGACAAGACAAUACAUCUUUACAUGGUAAAAUCCUUUCUUUGUUUAUA